AUGAAGAAGAAUCUAAGACAUCUAGCACUUGUUAUGUCUGUCUACAAUAAGUCUGAUGUCCAUCCCUCAACCUUCAUUCUCAUUGGCAUUCCUGGAUUGGAGGCAGCACACAUGUGGAUCUCCAUUCCCUUUUGUGUGGUCUACAUUUUGGCACUAGUGGGAAACUGUUCUCUUCUGUUUAUCAUCAAGACAGACGUCAGCCUCCAUGAGCCAAUGUACCUCUUCCUCUGCAUGUUGGCAGUGGCUGACCUUGUGGUGUGCACUACAGCUGUUCCCAAACUUCUCAGUCUCUUCUGGUUUCAUGAUGGAGAGAUUUCCUUUGAAGCUUGCCUCACUCAGGUCUUUCUGAUUCACUCUUGCUCAACCAUGGAGUCUGGCUUUUUCUUGGCCAUGGCAUUUGACCGUUAUGUAGCCAUUUGUAACCCAUUAAGACACUCAGCUAUUUUGACACACACUGUAACCGGAAAGAUAGGUCUAGCUGUUGUCCUUCGGGGACUAGCCCUUCUCAGUCCUCACCCUUUCUUGCUAAGUUGGCUUCCUUAUUGUAAGACCAACAUAAUUUCUCAUACUUAUUGUGAGUUCAUGGCCCUCAUCAAGAUUGCCUGUGCUGAGACAUCCAUCCGCAGAGCUUACAGUCUCGUUGUUGCCUUCCUCACUGGGGGUGUUGACUUCAUACUCAUCAUUUGUUCUUAUGUCCUUAUACUCAACACUGUCUUCCACCUUCCUUCCAAGGAUGCCAGACUCAAGACUCUGAGCACCUGUGGAUCACAUGUUUGUGUCAUCUUAGUGUCGUAUACCCCUGCCUUCUUCUCCUUCCUCACCCACAGGUUUGGGCAUAAAGUGACACCCAAAGUGCACAUAUUUGUGGCCAAUAUCUAUCUUCUUGUACCACCUAUGGUGAACCCCAUUAUUUAUGGAGUAAGGACCAAGAACAUAAGAAACAGAUUUCUCAAAGUAUUCAGGUUUUGAAAGCUUACAAACUAAAUUGGUUUUGUUGAAGAGUGCAAUCUAAGAACACUCUUUUAUCUAAUUUAGGACAUGAGUUAAUUUUCUUUAUUUUAAAGUAUUUUUGUAAGAUAACUAAGGGUUUUCAGUGGAAAUUGACUCAUGAAGUUAUAAUUGUUUGCUAAAAAUAUACAAUUGUAGUUUUCCUGUGAAUUUCAGACCUGUUUCCCAAACAAGGAAUAAUUACUCUACAAUGAUACCCUAAUCAUUAUCCUAUAAAAAUUAUUUGAAUUUAAUUACUAUGAUUGCAAUACACAGUAUUUAAAUGUUCCAUUUAACAUAAUGCCUAUAUCCUCACUAUAGAAAAUAUGAUUCUGGAUUUGUGUGGAAAUUGGGGAUUAUAGAAAAGCAUAAAGCUUUGAGGACAUCUUACUUUGAACAUAGUUUUCAUCUAUUUUGACAACACUAUAUAUCUCUUCAUAGCCUGUUGUAAUUAUUUCUCAUUUCUUCCAGUAUUAUUCUGUCCCUUCUUUUUUGAGAGCAUCUUGUCAUCCAUUCUUAAUGUAGACCCACAAAAUGUUGCCUGUCAGUCAUUUGUUAUGGAA